GCUUAAUCUUCACUGCAACAAUGCGCUUACUGAUGUUGGUUUGCGUUUUAGGUCUUGGAUUUGUGAGGGCGAAACAUAGAGGCGGAAAUACUAAAAAUCUAACCGCCUAACGAAUGAGAUGACUGCCGAUAUGGAUACCAGUACAAUUAGUGUAAUAAACAUCUCUCAUCAGUUGGAAAAUGAUACAAACCUCACGAAUCCCAACGGCACGAUUACCGGAUGUCCGAACAGCGUGCACGACAUAGAACUCGACAAAACCUACAGACUCUUGAUUCUAUGUGCGACCGUAUGUCUCUGUAUUUUCGGAAGCAUUCUGGUCCUUCUUUGGAUGCUUCUGAACAAACGCGUUUCCACCAACUACAAGAUCAAUCGCCAUUCUCGAGUGAACACUUUCAUACUCAACCUUAUCGUAGCGGAUGUUUUGGUCAUCCUUCUAGCAGUUACCCCGCAAAUUGUCUGGGAAUACUCGGAUCGGCAAUGGACAGCCGGGGACUUCAUGUGUCGCGUUCUAAAGUUCCUUCAGACAUUCUCCAUGACAGCAAGUAAUUACAUGCUUGUCGUCAUAGCAAUAGACCGCCAUCAAGCCAUUAGGGCGCCGCUUAAGGAGUCAUUUUCUUGUCGGCGUCGCUAUAUAUGGAAAAUGGUGGGAUCGGGUUGGUCGAUAGCGGCUCUCGUUUCCCUUCCGGUCGCCGGAUUAUUUCACAUAAACGCCGACCCGGAUGGAGGUGUCAGAUGUGAAAAUAUAUUUCGAUACAGACCACUUUGGAAUCGUCAGAUCUGGAUAUGCUGGGUCACAUUCUCGGUGUUUUUACUUCCAGUAAUGAUCCUGCUCAUCUCAUACAUUCGCAUUUUCCAAGAGAUAUCAAAAAAGGCAUUCCAAAGCAACAGUUUAAAAUAUAAGCCUAGAAAAGGCGAGUUCUGUUUACAGAGUACGCAUUCGAACUCAUUACCUCGGGCGAAAUCUAAAACAUUAAAGAUGACGUGUGUAAUAAUUCUGUCUUUUAUUAUCUGUACGACGCCUUAUUUUAUCAUAGAGAACCUUUUGUCAUUUGGAAUGCACUGCGUUAUUUCGAAAAAGGUGUAUGCCAUUUUGGCUGGAAUGGCCGCGUGCAAUUCUGCGACGAAUCCGUAUGUGUUUCUUGCCUUUAACGUAAAUAUAGGCUGGUUCAAGCGACUGAAAAACUGUUACUCACAUAACCGUCGAACAAGCAGAGGGUGUAACGAUUACCAGAAUGGUUCAUCCAACGUCCUUUCACAUCACGGAGCAAGACACAGCACAACUAUGGCAUUUUUGCGACAAGAAACGAAUGACUCCAAUCACGGGGCGGACACGGAACUUUGGACGAAACAAUGGGCAGUGUCGAGCGCAAUUACGUGCGGCAAAAAUAUAAUGUAAUGUAAUCUCAAUGUAAAGGAGCCAUCCAUCAAAUUACUGAGAGGGGACAAUCAAUUCGACCAUUCUCAAGAAAAUCAUAUAUAAUGUUUGUAUGAACAUUGAUAUGUAGAAUUUAUGUUUUCUAAAGCAGCGGCAAAGGUCACUUUUUGAACAUUGAAAGCGACUAUAGAUCCUUUAUAUACAGACGAAUACUAUGAAAAACAUCGAGCACUAAACAAAGACCGAUGUUAAUUCAAUUGUUCUGAUGUAAAAGGAGCACCGAUUAGAAAACAAUUAAACUAUGUUUCAAAAAUAGGACAUUACACUGAAAGUAAACAGUCAAUUAUCUUGAUGUUUCCCUGACUCAUUAUUUUACCGCAAAUGUAAAUCUUGCAACAUGUAAUUAUACGGCGAAUAAGCAUUUCAAGAGAACACGUUUAGUUUUUUUGUAUAUAAUUGACUUGAUUGUCAACCGUGAUGACAAAAAAUCAAUAUUUUCCCACUUGUCUGCACCAUUUAUGAAAAAGUCUGUGAAAUCAAAGCGAUACUCUACCGAAACGAACACAUACCCUAUAUUUAUUUUUUGCUUACAUGGAAGUAUCAAUAAUUUUAAAGCAAUUAUUCAUUGUUACAAACAUUGAACAAUAACAGGGCAAAUAAUCGAUAAUAUUUACUGUUUUACUGUAAAAUGACGUGUGUUGGACUUAAAUUCACUUCCGUUGGAUAAUUAUUAUUAACACUUGAACGUUUACAUUUCUAGGUCUACCAACUAUGCAUAACCGAAACAUAUCUAUUAACUGCAUACAUAACAUCGUUAUAAAUUUGGUAAUUGUAAUUAACAACUCAAUACAGCCAAAGAGUAGUUUCGUAUUGAAACUUUUAAAGUCUCUCUUAUUUACAUAUUCCGGGUGCACGACUGCACAUUUUUAUACGAGUUUAGACAAUCCGAAGUCAAUUAACGUCAUUUGUAAAAUCUUGUAGAGCAUUGGUCUGUUGUUGUGCAGAAAAAAGUCAAUUAUGUUUUAGUUUGUUGUUUAUGUAUCGCAUUGUUGUAUUUAGUAACGGAUCAAAAUUAUCAAUUCUAAAUAUCAAAGUUGUUUACUAUUUGAUUUAAAAACAUAUUUUUAUUCCGAAACAUGUUAUAGUAUUUAGUAUCUACAGUUUACGUAAAAUAGUGAAAUAACAAACGAUCCUACACUGACAUGAACGCAUAUCCUCUAUUUAUUCCUUAUCAGUUUGAAAGCACGCAAUAAUGAUGCUUUAUCGAUCAACUCUGUCGACCAAGUACUUAAAGUAAAAGGGGUUGGUUUGUAUUUUGUGAUAGGCAUGAUGAGUUGAAGUUAGUUGCUAUUUGACUAAGUUUUAUUGAUUAAAUUGUAUAAUGUUAACUUUAACCUUAAUGUUUUGAAGUGUAAACAAUUGAUAUUUAAUAUAAACAAAUGUUAUCAUGUAAUGGACAACAAACAUCAUAUAAUCACGGGCUUAAGUAUAGAUAUCAGUCAAUAUUAAUUUACGCUAGAAAGGUUUGAUUUUCAAGAUUGUAUACACCAUAAUUUGACUGGAAAGUA